AUGCAUCGGCAGGAGAACUCCCAGCUGUCCAACUUCAAGCAGCUGCUGCUCGAGAAGGGCGUGAGGUACGAGAAGUGGCUGCCGAAGCUGCUGCACGACAAGCGCUUCACCGCGGUGCCCAGCGCGCAGCGGAAGGCCUUGUUCGAGGCCCUCGCGAAGAGGAUUGACGGCGAAAAGAGGAAAGAGAAGGCUACCACCAAGCGGAGCGGCAAAGAGCUGUUCAACGAGCUCCUCGAAAAGGCGGACAAGCAGGGGAUCUUCCAGGAGAGGACCCUGGAGGCCGCGCAGCGGAAGCUCGAGAAGCGCUUCGGCAGCGACGAGCACUGGGGUGCUCUCCCGGCGCGCGAGCGGGACAAGGCGGUGUCCGAGCUCUUCGCGGAGCGCUCGAAGCGCCUGCAGCAGGAGCGCGAGGCCGAGCAGCGGGAGUUCCGCGCCCUGGUGGCGCACGUCCUCAGGGGCCGGGAGGACAGGCCCCCGCUGUGGCGCGACGUGCGCAAGCAGCUGGAGAAGGACGAGCGCUGGGGCUCCUCCGCCAUCUCCCUGGUCGAGAGGGAGCGCACGUAUGACCAGCUCUCCCGCGAGCUGAUGGCGGCGCGGAAGCAGCGCAACCAGCGGCAGCGCGAGGACGCGACGGAGCUCGAGAGGACCCGCAAGAAGCGGCGGCUCGCCACCGCUGAGGGCGCCGGCAGGGAGCAGGGCAUCAGGGAUCAGGCUCGCAUCCAUUGA